AUGAAGACCCUUUUCUCACCAUUAGCUAUAUACUUGAUAGUUACUUUAGCCAUAGCUCACAUCUCCAAAGCUCAAAAUUCUCCCAAAGAUUACCUUCAAACCCAUAAUGCAGCUCGAGCAGAGGUUGGAGUUUCGCCUUUGAUAUGGAACGCAACAUUGGCAGAUUUCUCCAAAAACCUUUCAAUUCAGAGGAUCAAAGACUGCAAUUUGGUGGAUGCGUCGCCACCUAGUGGGUAUGGUGAGAAUAUCGCCGAAGCCAGCUACCCCAUCGCAGGCGUUGAAGCUGUGAAACUGUGGGCUAAUGAGAAAGUUUACUAUGACUAUGAUAAGAAUGAAUGCGUAGGUAGAAAUUGCUGGCAUUACAUUCAAGCUGUUUGGAAUCGAACCAUUGGCGUUGGAUGUGAGAGGUCUCGAUGCAACAAUGGGAUUUGGUUUGUCUCUUGCAACUAUUACCCUCCAGGCAAUUUAUUUGAUCGACCUUAUGCAAAACCCAAGAAUUAG